UCCAGCGGGAAGGGUGAUUCCAUGCGGGGGCGACCUGUGUCUGGGGUUCGGCAGGGUCCCGGGGUGGUGGUGGAGCUCCUCUUCCCCCUCCACACACCAGCUGCUGUGUGGGCAGAGCGGCUUAAGAGUCUGGCUUUGGCCCCGGGUCCACCCGAAGCGAUGCAAGCCGGAGGGGCAGGAGGUGGGCUUGCAGAUGCGCAGGCUCGGGGGGAAGGUCGGCGGCCGGCCUGUCACUCAGCCUCGGACCUACCGGUCCACUCGGACCCUCCCCGCCGCGGGGAAACAAUCACGGCGCGAGACUCAACGGCCUUUUCCUCCAAGACUUCGGCCCUUCCUAGCUCUGUGUGCAAAUUGCUCCUGCCUCCACGCAUCCCGGCGCUUCCCAAGCCCUUGUUCUAACAGGACGUCGGGAUCCCCGGCACACGAAAGCUCAGCUCUCCGGCCCGCGCGGGCUCCAGUAAGCGGCGGCGCGAUGGACCUGGCCGGGCUCCUGCUGAACGAAGAAGGCGCCUUCUCGCUCACCGGCUUCCAGGACUUCUCGUUCCUGCCGGGCCACCAGAAGCUGAGCGCCCGCAUCCGGAGGAGGCUGUACUACGGCUGGGACUGGGACGGCGACUGCAGCCUGGAGGAGCUCUCCAGCCCCGUGGCAGACAUUGCUGUGGAACUGCUCCAGAAGGCAGCCCCCAGUCCUAUUCGAAGACUCCAGAAGAAAUAUGUCGCUCAUGUAUCCCGGGAGGCAUGCAUCUCCCCCUGCGCCAUGAUGCUGGCCCUGGUGUACAUCGAGCGGCUUCGGCACCGGAACCCUGACUACCUGCAGCACGUGUCUUCCUCUGACUUGUUCCUGAUCUCUAUGAUGGUGGCCAGCAAGUACCUCUACGAUGAAGGGGAGGAGGAGGAGGUCUUUAAUGACGAAUGGGGAGCUGCUGGGGGUGUGGCUGUGCCCACUCUCAACGCCCUGGAGAGGGGCUUUCUGAGUGCCAUGGACUGGCGUCUCUACACAGACCCGAGGGAGAUCUUUGAUGUGCUGAACUGGCUGGAGGGCUGUGUAGCUGAGCAGCAAGGCCGGCAGCGGGGCUGGUACACCUACACCGACCUGAGUGUGUUGCUGGAGCAGCCGGCCUGGCAGCUGGCUCUGGGCUCACUGUGCCAGCGGCUGGCAAAGCUGUCCUGCCUGCUCACCAUGGCCUACGUGAGCAGUGUGGCUCUGGCUGUGGCCUCGGUGGCCAUUGUCCACCAGUCCUUGGGCCUGUCCUGCUGCCCCUCACCUGGCCCCCCGGCCCUCAGACUGGCGUCCAGGUGCCUCUGGGAAUCCUGCAUUCCUCCUCCCUCACCACCAUGUCUGCUGUCUCCUGCCAACACCUCCAGCAGCCUGGACACUGCUGAGGGGCUGCCUUCACUCUGGGGCAGUUUCCUGGCCUCGCCAAGUCCCCCACCCUUGCCGCCCCCAGACCCCCCAGCCCCUCCCACCCUUCUGCGGGACUGCCCUCUUUGCCAGAAAUUCCAGAGACACUCCUCCACCUGCCAAGCCUGCCACGCACCCAACCGCACGGUUGCCACGGGGCCCCCCAGGCCUUGGUACCACCACCCUGGCCUGGCCCCACCCUGGCCCUGGAGCCCCUUACCCUCUCUGCUUCCCCAGCCCCAGCAAUGCCCCCUUUUCAGCAUCAAUGAGCUGGUCCGCCUUAAGUCUUUCAUCUUCUUGGGCUAGGCAGGGCUCCCAAGGAUGCUAUAAGAGGGUUUGGGGCCCCUGAACCUGGAGCAGCAAAGCUUGACUUAGGCCCUCUCUACUUCUCUGGGACCUUGGAUGCACCCCUGUCCUCCUAGGUGACAGACUUCAGGGGUGAGGGGGCAGAUUGGAAGGUCGCUCAGCCUUCCGGGCUGCAGGCACCAGGGAAAGCCUCAGCUGGGUGACUAAUGACAUGUCACAGACAGACAGACAGAGGAAGAGCCCGUGUCUUCACCUCCCCUGGGCUCUUGUGGACUUUUGCAUUUCAGUUUCCUAGGAUGGCAAGGGAGGAGGGGGGUGUGAGAAGCGAGGAGAGGGAGGGAGGAAAGGAUGGGGUCAGUGUGAUGUCCCUGAAACAGGAGAACCAGGGAUAGAUAGGACCCCGGCAGAGCUGAAGGAAAGUGGGUGAAGGGGGCAAGGCUCUCCACACCUGCCCCCUGGAUGGAGACAGAUGGAGCCUGGGGCUGCUGGGACCCUCCACCUUGCCCUCUUGUCAUCCAUCCUGCCCUUCUUAGACUGCCCUUCUUACCCCAGCUCCUGGGCUGCCCUUGGCCAGUUCCUAUCCUGGUGUCCCCUUCACCAGCCUCUCUGACUCCCACUUUAUAUCUGGAUUUUUUAGGCUUUUUUAGAUCUGAGGUUUCAAUAAACUUUCCCUUGCAUA